AUGCAUUCUACUUCGACACUGUACCUUAUUCCUCUUCUCCUCGCCACUCUCCUCCAACCUAUUCUAACUCAAGCCCAAGAUUCGACUCAAUAUGGGGAGUGCGUAAGCAGCUGUCUCAGCACCAACCCGAUCGCAUCAGCUUGCGAUGGCACCGAAACCGGUGAAGCACUCGACCAAUGCACCUGCGCCAGCUUCUCGCCAUCCGGUGACCCGUUGAUCUCCUGCGUCCAACAGUGUCCUGAAGACCAGCAGUUGGCGUACGCGGAGAGCCUACCCAGUCUAUGCAAUCAGGUUUUGUUCCCGAAUUUGGAUCUCGGCUCGUCGCCGGAUCCGACGGCGGUGAAUACGGCGGCGCCUGCUUCUACGGGUCUCGGUGAGAGCAGUUCGUCAUCCGCUACGACGACGGUGAACGGUGCUGCUGCUACCCAUUCAGCCGCUGGCGACAACGGUGCGGUCGCGCUCGGUGCCUCAGCUGGAGGGUUGGGGUAUCUGGCUUACGCUCUGGGUGUGGUUGCAUUGUGGUAA